CUCGUCCUGCAGGGGCCCGAAACGGACGUUGAGCAACAAACCAAGGAGUCCUGGAGUGAACUCGUGUCGGCUCACCAGAAACGCAAGGCGGAGCAGCUGUUGAGAGAAAGCAAACUGGCCCAACUGGACCAGGAGGACAGCCAACGGCAAGCCGCGCGAAGUCAUGAUGGCAGCGGCAAAGGUGAAGAGCAAUCCUCUGACAAGCGUGAUGAUGAAUGCACGUGGGGUAUAGAUGUUGAUGAAUCUCAGGACGACGGAGAAAUGGGUGUCUCGAUGUUGGGCCUCGGCCUGGAGGGCGGCAGCUGUUUGAGUCACGAGUCCUCCUAUGCGGAGGAUCCGAAACGGGCUCUGAAGAAUUACUUCGACAGGGAGGGCUUCGAUCCGCCACAGUACGACUUUGUGGAGGGUCGUUUCGGCCAAAAGAAUUGCCGCAUAGAGUGA